UUAAUGACCUUAGACCUUAGACCACUCAGAUGCUACUAAGCCAAGGAGAAACCCAGCUGUAUCAGGCCUAGAAAUGUCUGUCCCCACCCCCAUUCCCUUUUAAGACAGUGAGUAGGCCGGAAUUCUGGUUGAUAAAUGAGAGGAGCUGAGAAGGAGCUGAGAGGAGCUGCAGUGAUGACUGUUCCGAGAAUCUGAUCUGCGAGGAGACGAAUCUCCACAUGUGCCAUGGAGAUGCUUUGGGAAGAAGAGCUGGCCUACCUGCCCGAAGGAGGACCAGACAGAGAAGGAAUGGAUGAAAGAAAUGCUUAAAAGGAGAUGGACUGACUGGAGGUGCCCAAGAGGAAAAUCUGAAAAGGAAAACAGAGGCUGAAUAUUGGGAAACCUUCUAGGCGGAGCAGGAGGCCACCCACCACCAUGAGCAGCACCCUGUCGCCCACAGACUUUGACAGCUUGGAAAUCCAGGGCCAGUACAGCGACAUCAAUAACCGCUGGGACCUGCCUGACUCAGACUGGGACAAUGACAGCAGCUCGGCCCGCCUCUUUGAGAGGUCUCGAAUCAAGGCCCUGGCAGAUGAGCGAGAAGCUGUGCAGAAAAAAACCUUCACCAAGUGGGUGAACUCGCACCUGGCCCGGGUGACGUGCCGAGUGGGAGACCUGUACAGUGACCUGCGGGAUGGACGUAACCUCCUGAGGCUCCUGGAGGUGCUCUCGGGAGAGACACUGCCGAAGCCCACAAAGGGCCGUAUGCGGAUCCACUGCCUGGAGAACGUGGACAAGGCGCUGCAGUUCCUGAAGGAGCAAAAAGUGCACUUGGAAAACAUGGGUUCCCACGACAUCGUGGACGGGAACCACCGCCUGACCCUCGGGCUGGUCUGGACCAUCAUCCUUCGAUUCCAGAUCCAAGACAUAAGUGUGGAAACAGAAGACAACAAGGAGAAGAAGUCAGCCAAGGAUGCCCUGCUGCUCUGGUGUCAGAUGAAGACCGCCGGGUACCCCAAUGUCAAUGUGCACAACUUCACCACCAGCUGGAGAGAUGGACUGGCCUUCAAUGCCAUCGUGCAUAAACACCGGCCAGACCUGCUGGAUUUUGAGUCCCUGAAGAAGUGUAAUGCACACUACAAUCUGCAGAACGCUUUCAAUCUAGCUGAGAAGGAGCUGGGACUUACAAAGCUGCUGGAUCCUGAAGAUGUGAAUGUGGACCAACCAGAUGAAAAGUCAAUUAUUACCUAUGUGGCUACUUACUACCACUAUUUCUCCAAGAUGAAGGCCCUAGCCGUGGAAGGCAAAAGGAUUGGCAAGGUGCUGGACCACGCCAUGGAGGCAGAACGCCUGGUGGAGAAGUAUGAGUCCUUGGCCUCAGAGCUGCUGCAGUGGAUCGAGCAAACGAUUGUGACCCUCAAUGACCGGCAGCUGGCCAACUCCCUGAGUGGGGUCCAGAACCAGCUACAGUCCUUCAAUUCCUACCGCACUGUGGAGAAGCCACCCAAGUUCACCGAGAAAGGGAACUUGGAAGUGCUGCUCUUCACCAUCCAGAGCAAGCUGCGGGCCAACAACCAGAAGGUCUACACGCCCCGCGAGGGCCGCCUCAUCUCCGACAUCAACAAGGCCUGGGAGCGGCUGGAGAAAGCCGAGCAUGAGCGCGAGCUGGCCCUGCGCACAGAGCUGAUCCGCCAGGAGAAGCUGGAGCAGCUGGCUGCCCGUUUUGAUCGCAAGGCUGCCAUGCGGGAGACCUGGCUUAGUGAGAACCAGCGCCUUGUGUCCCAGGACAACUUUGGGCUGGAGCUGGCGGCAGUGGAGGCAGCGGUGCGGAAGCACGAAGCCAUCGAGACAGACAUCGUGGCCUAUAGCGGCCGGGUGCAGGCGGUGGACGCCGUGGCCGCAGAGCUGGCCGCUGAGCGCUACCACGACAUCAAGCGCAUUGCUGCACGGCAGCACAAUGUGGCGCGGCUCUGGGACUUCUUGCGGCAGAUGGUGGCCGCCCGGCGGGAGAGGCUCCUCCUCAACCUAGAGCUGCAGAAGGUGUUUCAGGACCUGCUCUACCUCAUGGACUGGAUGGAAGAGAUGAAGGGCCGGCUGCAGUCCCAGGACCUGGGCAAGCAUCUGGCUGGAGUGGAGGACCUGCUGCAGCUGCAUGAGCUGGUGGAAGCAGACAUUGCCGUGCAGGCUGAGAGGGUGCGGGCUGUCAGUGCCUCAGCGCUGCGCUUCUGUGACCCAGGAAAAGAGUACAAACCUUGCGACCCCCAGCUGGUGUCUGAGCGAGUGGCCGCCCUGGAGCAGAGCUAUGAGUCACUGUGCGAGUUGGCAGCGGCUCGGCGGGCCCGCCUGGAGGAGUCCCGGCGACUCUGGCGGUUCCUCUGGGAGGUGGGCGAGGCUGAGGCCUGGGUGCGGGAGCAGCAGCACCUGCUGGCCUCAGCGGACACCGGCCGGGACCUGACGGGCGUCCUCCGCCUGCUCAACAAGCAUACGGCCCUGCGAGGCGAGAUGAGCGGCCGGCUGGGGCCCCUGAAGCUAACCCUGGAGCAGGGCCAGCAGCUAGUUGCCGAGGGCCACCCUGGGGCGGGCCAGGCGGCCGCCCGGGCAGCUGAGCUCCAAGCCCAGUGGGAGCGGCUGGAGGCCCUGGCGGAGGAGCGUGCCCAGCGGCUCACCCAGGCUGCCAGCCUCUACCAGUUCCAGGCAGAUGCAAACGACAUGGAAGCCUGGCUGGUGGACGCACUGCGCCUGGUGUCCAGCCCCGAGCUGGGGCACGACGAAUUCUCCACGCAGGCCCUGGCCCGGCAGCAUCGGGCCCUGGAGGAAGAGAUCCGAGCCCACCGGCCAACCCUGGACGCCCUGAGGGAGCAGGCCGCUGCCCUGCCUCCUGUGCUGAGCCGCACACCCGAGGUGCAGGGCCGGGUGCCCAGCCUGGAGCGGCACUAUGAGGAGCUGCGGGCCCGGGCCGGCGAGCGCGCACGUACCCUGGAGGCGGCCCUGGCGCGCUACACCAUGCUCAGUGAGGCCGGGGCCUGCGGGCUCUGGGUGGAGGAGAAGGAGCAGUGGCUCAAUGGGCUCGCCCUGCCGGAGCGCCUGGAGGACCUGGAGGUCGUGCAGCAAAGGUUUGAGACCCUGGAGCCUGAAAUGAACGCCCUAGCAGCACGAAUUACUGCCGUGAAUGACAUUGCAGAGCAGUUGCUGAAGGCCAACCCCCCGGGGAAGGACAGCAUUGUCAACACCCAGAAGCAGCUCAACCACAGGUGGCAGCAGUUUCGGUCCCUGGCGGAUGGCAAGAAGGCAGCUCUGACGUCAGCCCUGAGCAUCCAGAACUACCACCUAGAGUGCACAGAGACCCAGGCCUGGAUGAGAGAAAAGACCAAGGUCAUCGAGUCCACCCAGGGCCUGGGCAAUGACCUGGCUGGGGUGCUGGCGCUGCAGCGUAAGCUGGCUGGCACCGAGCGGGACCUGGAGGCCAUCGCUGCCCGGGUGGGUGAGCUGACCCGGGAGGCAAAUGCUCUGGCUGCUGGCCACCCCGGCCAAGCCCCUGCCAUCAACGCCCGGCUGGGAGAGGUGCAAGCUGGCUGGGAGGACCUCAGGGCCACCAUGCGGCGUCGAGAGGAGUCGCUGGGCGAGGCGAGGCGGCUGCAGGACUUCCUGCGCAGCUUGGAUGACUUCCAGGCCUGGCUCAGUCGCACGCAGACCUCUGUGGCCUCUGAAGAAGGGCCAGCCACUCUGCCUGAGGCAGAGGCCCUCCUGGCCCAACAUGCAGCCCUGCGGGGAGAGGUGGAGCGGGCCCAGAGCGAGUACAGCCGGCUGCGGGCCGUGGGUGAGGAGGUGACCCGCGACCAGGCUGAUCCGCAGUGCCUCUUCCUCAGGCAGCGACUGGAAGCCCUGGGAACCGGCUGGGAGGAGCUGGGCCGCAUGUGGGAGAGCCGGCAAGGCCGUCUGGCCCAGGCCCAUGGCUUCCAGGGGUUCCUGCGGGAUGCUCGCCAGGCCGAGGGUGUGCUCAGCAGCCAGGAAUAUGUUUUGUCUCACACGGAGAUGCCAGGAACACUCCAGGCUGCUGAUGCCGCCAUAAAAAAACUGGAAGACUUUAUGAGCACCAUGGAGGCCAACGGUGAGCGGAUCCGUGGGCUCCUGGAAGCCGCGCGCCAGCUGGUGUCCGAAGGCAACAUCCAUGCUGAGAAGAUCCAGGAGAAGGCAGACUCCAUUGAGAGGAGACACAGGAAGAAUCAAGAUGCAGUGCAGCAGCUUUUGGGCCGUCUUCGGGACAACCGAGAGCAGCAGCAUUUCUUACAAGAUUGUCAAGAGCUGAAACUCUGGAUUGACGAGAAGAUGCUGACGGCCCAGGAUGUGUCCUAUGAUGAGGCCCGCAACCUGCACACCAAGUGGCAGAAGCACCAGGCGUUCAUGGCUGAGCUGGCCGCCAACAAAGACUGGCUGGACAAGGUGGACAAGGAAGGGCGAGAGCUCACUGUUGAGAAGCCAGAGCUGAAAGCACUGGUAUCAGAGAAGCUGGAGGACCUGCACAGGCGCUGGGACGAGCUGGAGAACACCACCCAGGCCAAAGCCCGCAGCCUCUUUGAUGCCAACCGAGCUGAGCUAUUUGCCCAGAGCUGCUCUGCCCUGGAGAGCUGGCUGGAGAGCCUGCAGGCUCAGCUGCACUCCGACGACUACGGCAAGGACCUCACCAGUGUCAAUAUUCUGCUCAAGAAGCAGCAGAUGCUGGAAAGGGAGAUGGCGGUGCGAGAGAAGGAGGUAGAGGCAAUCCAGGCGCAGGCAAAAGCACUGGCCCAGGAAGACCAGGGUGCAGGGGAGGUGGAGAGGACCUCCAGGGCUGUGGAGGAGAAGUUCAGGGCUCUGUGCCAGCCCAUGAAGGAGCGCUGCCGGCGCCUGCAAGACUCUCGCGAGCAGCACCAGUUCCACCGGGAUGUGGAGGAUGAGAUCUUGUGGGUGACGGAGCGGCUCCCCAUGGCUAGCUCCAUGGAACACGGCAAGGACCUGCCCAGUGUCCAGCUCCUCAUGAAGAAAAACCAGACCCUGCAGAAGGAGAUACAGGGCCAUGAGCCGCGGAUCGCAGACCUGAAGGAGCGGCAGCGUGCUCUGGGGGCAGCGGCAGCAGGCCCGGAGUUGGCUGAGCUACAGGAGAUGUGGAGGCGCCUGGGCCACGAGCUGGAGCUUCGCGGGAAGCGACUGGAGGAGGCCCUGUGGGCCCAGCAAUUCUACCGUGACGCCGCGGAGGCAGAGGCCUGGAUGGGCGAGCAGGAAUUGCACAUGAUGGGCCAGGAGAAAGCCAAGGAUGAGCUGAGUGCUCAGGCAGAGGUGAAGAAGCAUCAGGUAUUGGAACAAGCCCUGGCUGACUAUGCCCAGACCAUCCACCAGCUGGCAGCCAGCAGCCAAGACAUGAUUGACCAUGAGCACCCAGAGAGCACGCGAAUAACCAUCCGUCAAGCUCAGGUGGACAAGCUGUACGCCAGCCUGAAGGAGCUGGCUGGAGAGCGGCGGGAGCGCCUGCAGGAGCACCUCCGGCUGUGCCAGCUCCGCCGCGAGCUGGAUGACCUGGAGCAGUGGAUCCAGGAGCGCGAGGUGGUGGCAGCCUCGCAUGAGCUGGGCCAGGACUACGAGCACGUGACUAUGCUCCGGGACAAAUUCCGAGAGUUCUCCCGGGACACAAGCACUAUCGGUCAGGAGCGCGUGGACAGCGCCAACGCAUUGGCCAACGGGCUCAUUGCUGGGGGCCACGCCGCCCGGGCCACCGUGGCUGAGUGGAAGGACAGUCUCAACGAGGCCUGGGCUGACCUGCUCGAGCUGCUGGACACGCGGGGUCAGGUGCUGGCAGCUGCACACGAGCUGCAGCGCUUCCUGCACGGGGCACGCCAAACGCUGGCACGGGUGCAGCACAAGCAGCAGCAGCUUCCUGACGGGACCGGCCGGGACCUCAAUGCCGCCGAGGCCCUGCAGCGCCGACACUGUGCCUUUGAGCACGACAUCCAGGCCCUCAGUGCCCAGGUCCAGCAGGUGCAGGAUGACGGCCACCGACUCCAGAAGGCUUACGCCGGAGACAAGGCCGAGGAGAUCGGCCGGCACAUGCAGGCUGUGGCCGAGGCCUGGGUGCAGCUGCAGGGAAGCUCUGCUGCCCGCCGCCAGCUGCUGCUGGACACCACGGACAAGUUCCGCUUCUUCAAGGCUGUCCGGGAGCUGAUGCUGUGGAUGGACGGGGUGAACCUGCAGAUGGACGCCCAGGAGCGGCCCCGGGACGUGUCCUCUGCAGACCUGGUCAUCAAGAACCACCAGGGCAUCAAGGCAGAGAUAGAGGCCAGGGCUGACUGCUUCUCCUCUUGCAUCGACAUGGGGCAGGGGCUGCUCGCCAGGAGCCACUACGCGGCCGAGGAGAUCUCGGAGAAGCUGUCUCAGCUUCAGGCUCGGCGCCAGGAGACAGCUGACAAGUGGCAGGAAAAGAUGGACUGGCUCCAGCUUGUUUUGGAGGUGCUGGUGUUUGGGAGAGAUGCAGGUAUGGCGGAGGCCUGGCUGUGCAGCCAAGAGCCGCUGGUACGAAGCGCUGAGCUGGGCUGCACGGUGGAUGAAGUUGAGAGCCUCAUCAAGCGGCACGAGGCCUUCCAGAAGUCAGCCGUGGCAUGGGAAGAGCGCUUCAGUGCCCUGGAGAAGCUUACCGCGCUGGAGGAGCAGGAGCAAGAGCGGAAAAGAAAGAAGGAGGAAGAGGAACGGAGGAAACAGCCCCCUGCUCCAGAGCCCACAGCCAGGCUGCCUGCAGGGGACCUGGCCGACAGCCAGACGGCUCCUGAUGCUACUUGGGACGGAGCCCACCCCCGGCUACCAGCAUCCUCUCAGCCAGCCAGUGUUAACGGAGUCUGCACAGAUGCCGAAUCCCCGCAGCCCCUGAUGGAACAACAGAGACUUGAGCAGGGCAGCUUCCCAGAAGGGCCUACACCAUUGUCUUCACAGGGAUCUGGUGCUGGGGACGAGGCCAACGGGCCACGGGGAGAGAAGCAAACCCGGACACGGGGCCCUACCCCUCCUAUAAUGCCCCAGAGCAGGUCAUCCGAGUCAGCCCGGGUUGCCACCUUGCCCACUCGAGGCCCGGAGCUCUCUGCCCAGGAACAGAUGGAAGGGAUGCUGUGCCGCAAACAGGAGAUGGAGGCCUUUGGCAAGAAGGCUGCCAACAGGUCGUGGCAGAAUGUGUACUGUGUCCUGCGGCGUGGGAGCCUUGGCUUUUACAAGGAUGCGAAGGCAGCCAGCACGGGGGUGCCGUACCAUGGAGAAGUGCCUGUCAGCCUGGCCAGGGCCCAGGGCAGCGUUGCCUUUGAUUAUCGAAAGCGCAAGCAUGUCUUCAAGCUGGGCUUACAGGAUGGAAAAGAAUAUUUAUUCCAGGCCAAGGAUGAGGCAGAGAUGAGCUCAUGGCUGAGGGUGGUGAAUGCAGCCAUCACCACUGCGUCCUCUGCCUCUGGAGAGCCUGAAGAGCCUGCAGUGCCCAGUGCCACCCGGGGCAUGACCCGGGCCAUGACCAUGCCCCCAGUAUCACCGGCUGGGGCUGAGGGACCUGUCAUACUUCGCGGCAAGGAUGGCAGAGAACGAGAGCGAGAAAAGCGCUUCAGCUUCUUCAAGAAGAACAAGUAGUUGGGGGCGAGACCCAGGCCAGCUCCCUCCCUCUGUCCAGGAAACUGCCAGAGACCGUCGACAGGGACCACCCUCUUGUCAGGACAACUGCCUGCUGCUAGGGUCUGUUGCCAAGGUCAACCCAUCACCAGGAACUGUCUCUGGGGACAAGUCAGUGUUCCCAAGGGCAGCCCUUCUCUUCUGCUAUUUAAUUCUAGACUGGUGGUGGGACCCAGGCGACCCCCAAAUUCCACUCCCACCCUCUUCCCUUUUCCCCCCGGCCUUAUGCCUCUAUCCCCCACCACAGCGCAGACAGCGCUGCACCCUCAACAUAGGCCACGUGGGGACUGGUGGCCCCUGCCUCAGGGUCAUUCUCCCACUACAGCUAGGGCACACCAUCCAUUCCUUGCCCCUGGGGACCAGCCAGGACCCUCUCAGAGCUGAAGCAGGACCCGGGGGCAAGAUUGCCAGAUGACAAGCCAGGAGGCCGAAGCUCCCCCUUCCCAUCCUUCCUUAUCCUCUGACUCAAGUGGCCACUCCAUCUCCAUCGACUCUCAACAGCUUCUGGGUGUGAGUUGUUCAGGGGCAACCACAGCCUUGAGUCUGGCCAAGGAGGUGAUUAAACAGCUCAGCUUCUC